GUGAACCAAGCUGAGAAAUAACUUUUUAGUAACAAGAAAGAUAGAGAAAAGAGAGAGAGAAAGAGAGACACAAAGAGAGAGAUGAAAAUGAUGCAAGAGGAAAACCGAAAGGGUCCAUGGACAGAACAAGAGGACAUCCUUCUGGUUUGAACAGAACAGGAAAGAGUUGCAGGCUUAGGUGGGUUAAUUACCUUCACCCUGGUCUCAAACGUUGCAAGAUGACGCCACAAGAAGAGCGUCUCGUCCUUGAGCUUCACGCAAAAUGGGGAAACAGGUGGUCCAAAAUAGCCCGGAAAUUGCCAGGUAGAACAGAUAACGAGAUAAAGAAUUACUGGAGGACUCAUAUGAGGAAGAAAGCUCAAGAAAAGAAGCGUCCUGUUUCUCCAAGUUCCUCAUUCUCAAACUGUUGCUCUUCGUCUAUGACCACUACCAAUACUCAAGAUGUGUCAUCCCAACCGCGGAAAUCUUCUGGGAAGGUGAGCUUUUACGACACUGGAGGAUCGAAUCAAGAAACAGAAGACGUAUACUCGAUGGAUGACAUAUGGAGAGAGAUUGAUCACUCUGCAGUAAACAUUAUUAAACCGGUUACAGAUAUCUACUCAGAACAAAGCUAUUGCUUAAGUUACCAAACUCUGGUUUCUCCAUCAUGGGAAAACUCAUUGGAUUCUAUAUGGAACAUGGAUGCAGAUAAAAGUAAGAUGUCUUCCUUUGAAAUUGAUCAGUUGCCUUUCUGUUUCCAACACAGUAGAUCACCAUGGUGGUGGUCAGGUUAGUUAGGAAUUUGAUUUAUUCAAAAAAUGUUUAUAUAUGUUAUAUAGAAUAUAAUAAAUACAAAAUAAAACCUAAUGACUGUAAUAGUUUGUUUUGAAUUUGAUGGACACAAAAUACAGCAUAAGUCUGCAAUAAUCUCAUGGGUUGUAGUAAGUAACCAGCCUACGUUUGUGCUUCUUUUUUAUAUCUUAGUUUCUAGAAUGAAUGAGAAUAAUUGUUGU